AUGGCGCCUCAAUUUUCGUCUGGGCUCAACAUGCCAAAUAAGACCUCCGCGAGACCAAAGCCAGGCAAUGCUUUCGGACAGAAGCGCAAGAAAAACAUCUUCGAUGACGACUCCGGAGACGAAGACCAACGAAAGGACAGUGCAGUUGAGGUCUCUACGAUUGGUGGAUUGGAUACGCCUGCGCCAAAAUCGAAGCUCUCUACUGAUGCUCGGCCGCCUCCCAAGCGAAAGAUGCAAUUGGGUGUUGGUGGCAAGCCCAGCGCAAAACCGCUGAACAAGAACUCGAUUUUUGCUCAUGAUGAAGAAGAAGAUGAAGAGAAGGAUAAAGAACGACAAGAGGAAGUGCGCUUCGGACUGAAUCAGACACAGUCAAAAAAGUCCACGGGUACGGGGCAGGAUUUCAAGAACCUGUCUGCACUACACAGCAGUAAGAAGCAUGCCGAGGAAGCCGAGGAACUCGACCCAUCCAUCUACUCCUACGAUGCGGUAUACGAUAGUCUACACGCCAAGUCCGACAAAUCUGCGACUGUCAACAAGAGCGAAGGACCCAGGUACAUGACAAACCUGUUGCGCAGUGCAGAGAUUCGGAAACGUGAUCAGACACGUGCGCGCGAUCGCCAGCUGGCGAAAGAACGCGAAGCUGAGGGCGAUGAAUUUGCGGACAAGGAGAGUUUCGUCACAGGCGCCUACAAAGCACAACAGGAGGAGAUGCGACGAAUGGAGGAAGAGGAGGAACGCCGUGAGAAGGAAGAGGAAGAACGGCGGAAAAAGAAUGGUGGCGCUGGCAUGGUCGGUUUCUAUCGGGAUGUGCUUUCGCGAGGUGAAGCCAAACACGAUGAGGCUGUGAAGGCUGCCGAAGAAGCCGCGCGCCGUGUCAAGGCCGGGGAGAUCGACGAAGACAUGGCGAAAGAAACCGAAGAAAAGACGGAGGCUCAAAAGGCCGAGGAGCUCAAUGCCCACGGUGCUCGUAUUGCCAUCAACGACGAGGGCCAAGUGGUUGAUAAGCGUCAACUAUUGUCUGCCGGUUUGAACGUGGCCCCCAAGCCGAAGGCUGCUCCAUCUGCCGCGCCAAGUGCGGCACCUCGACCUGGCGCUGGCCGUCCUGGCGCUGGUGCUGGUUACCAGACUGGCCGUGCCGCCCAGCGUGCCCGUCAGACCGAGAUGAUCUCGCAACAGUUGGAAGAGCAAGCCCAGAAAGAAGAAGAGGCCGAGAGUGCUCGACAGAAGGAAAUUGCAGAGAAGGCUCGCAGCCGCAAGACAGCCACGGAUGUUUCCAGCGCGAAGGAGCGGUACUUGGCAAGAAAGCGGGAGCGAGAAGAGGCUGCUGCAAAGGAGCAAGCUGGGAAAUAG